GGGGGGGCGGGAGGGAGGGGGAAAUGGCGGAGGCCUCGCCACAGCCCGGACGCUACUUCUGCCACUCCUGCUCGGCCGAGAUCUCCCCGCGGCUACCGGAUUACAUUUGCCCGAGGUGUGAAUCCGGUUUUAUCGAAGAACUUCCUGAAGAGACCAGAAAUAGCGAAAAUGAUUCCAGCUCCUCCGCGGCUCCCACCAAUCCGCACGGUCAUUCAUUUGAGAGCACGGACCAGCACUUGCUCACACUGCCGCAAGGUUACGGCCAGUUCACUUUUGGGAUUUUCGAUGACAGCUUUGAAUUUUCCCCGUUCCCAUCCGGCUUGCAGCCCGAAGACAAUAGGGACGCCGAGAACAGGCGUGAGAGAGAACACCAGUCACGAUAUCGGUAUGGGGCGAGACAGCCCCGAGCCCGCCUGAGUGCCCGGCGUACCCCUGGCAGGCAUGAGGGAGUGCCCACGUUAGAAGGGAUCAUCCAGCAGUUGGUUAAUGGAAUUAUUGGCCCUGCGACAAUACCAAAUUUAGGACUGGGUCCUUGGGGAGUUCUGCACUCAAAUCCAAUGGACUAUGCCUGGGGGGCCAAUGGCCUGGACGCGAUUAUCACCCAACUUCUCAAUCAGUUUGAAAACACCGGUCCUCCCCCAGCAGACAAAGAGAAAAUCCAGGCUCUCCCCACUGUGAAGAUCACAGAAGAGCAAGUAGGUUCAGGGUUAGAAUGUCCCGUGUGCAAAGAGGACUACACAGUUGACGAGAGUGUGCGGCAGUUACCCUGCAAUCACCUGUUCCACAAUGACUGCAUAGUCCCCUGGCUGGAACAGCAUGACACCUGCCCAGUGUGCCGGAAAAGCUUAAGUGGACAGAACACUGCCACAAACCCCCCAGGACUGACAGCGAUGAACUUCUCUUCCUCCUCUUCCUCCUCCUCUUCCAGUUCUCCAAGCAAUGAAAACUCGACAAACCACUCAUGAAUCUUAACACCAGCCAACCCACCUUCUGCUCUCCCUCCCCACCCCAUACUCAGCAGGAGCAGCUAGGCAUUCUCCCCUGCGCCGUUCUCCCCCUCCCUCCCCCCCAUUCUCCCCCCCAAAACCCAGAUGAGGCAGAUGGGCAGGAGGGGAAACAACUCCCCUGCUUCCGGGACCCCGUACGUGUUUUAUGAGCUUUGAAAGCACCAAAGGCCCCAUUCCCUAACCCUCUGGUUCUUCAGAGAUGAGGUCUUGCUUUCAGGGGAUGGCACCACCUUCAGGUUCAUUGCUGCUGCCCGGUGGACUUCUAAAGCUGGGGAGGCGUCACUUUUCGCCUCUUCGCCACCCCCCCCCCUUUUUUUUUCCUUCCCCCUUCCCUCCUCCCCGUACCUUGCCACUGCUUGGACAUCUUCAACCUGCUAAACCAAAAUGAAAUGCCACUCUGGUUUGCCCCCCACAGAGGCCAGGUGGGAGAGGAGGCAGCUCGGUUGUCAUCAAAACAUGUGAACUGCUGACUCCAAUUCAUUGUCUUUCUUUCUUCUUGCUCUUUUAAGCCCUCUCCCACCUGUUCAUCCCUUCUUUCUUUAUAACUUCAUCUUCGAUGUUCAUUGCUGAAAGGGUUUUUAUAAUUUUAAAUUAUUACUGCUCUGAAAUAAAUGGACGGUUUAGCUCAA